AUGUUAGGUUCAGGAGACGACGAAUAUAGUAAUAAAAACAACGCAAGCUCACAGAAACUAGGAUCAUUAUUCAAAGACAGCAACAAUAUGUCGGGAAAUCAAUCACUUACCUACAGCAACAACAAACAACAAGGUUCAUCGAAUUCCUCGAAACAAGAUAUUCUUCUUGGUGCUCCAGUACAUUUGUAUAAAUUUGAUCAAGCAACCGAUAAAUAUGUUACAAUCGGUAGUUUCUCAUCUGCUAUCGUUGCAUUGAGAUCAUCUGGUAAAUACCAAUUGUUGAUCUAUGACAGCAACCGUAAUACACAAGUCAAUGCUUCUAUUACACCAUCAUUUAACUAUUCCGUUAAUGAAUUAUAUGGUAAUUUCACUGAUCAAGGUGUAAAUUGGUCAUUGUCAUUCAAUUCAAAGGAGGAUUCAAUCAAGUUUGCCACUUAUGUUGCAAUUGCAAAGUGUGCCAGCAAUGGCUAUCAGAAUGUUGUAGAGAUGGAUCUCGGUCCGAUGCCAGCCGGUACCAAGGGUAAGGGUGUCGCUGCCGGUGAUCGUGUCUCUAUCAAGUACUCCGGUUGGCUCGACAACGGCCAGAAGGUCGGAUCACUCUUUGACACCAACACAACCAGCGCCAAUCCGCUGCGUUUCGUGCUGGGCGAGGGCAAGGUCAUUCGUGGUUGGGACACCGGUGUCGUCGGUAUGGUCAAGGGACUCAAGCGUAUCUUGGUCAUCCCGAGCGAGUUGGCCUAUGGCAAGAAUGGACAAUCGUCGAUUCCACCCAACUCCAACCUCAUCUUUGAGGUCGAGUUGACCGGAUCCAAGAAGAAAGAGGGAUCGGGUGCACCAGAGCAACAGCAACAGCAACUUCCAAACCUGAACGGUGCCGGUCAGGUUCCACAAGCCAACCUUCCAAAUGCGUUGUUCGAGGGAUCACCAUCGCCACAAUCAAACGACAAGACCAAGAAUUUGAUGCAACGUGUCGCCAAGUUGGGUAUUCCAACUGGAUUCACUUCUCCACCUCCAUCCGACAGUGAACACUCUGAUUCUUCAUCAAGAUCAUCAAACAACAACAGCAACCAAUCCAACAAUCAAAACAACAACAACAAUAACCAAAACAACAAUCAGAACAAUAAUAACAAUAACCAAAACAAUAACAACAACAACCAAAAUAACAACAACUACAACAAUAACAAUAAUAACAACAACAACAACAACUUUAAUAACAACAAUAAUAAUGGUAAUAACAACUUUGGUAACAACAAUAAUGGAUUCAACAAUAACAACAACAACAAUGGAUUCAACAACAAUAACAAUGGUUUCAAUAAUAAUAAUAACUUUGGUAAUAACAACUUUAAUCAACCAGGCUUUAAUCAACCAGGUUUCAAUCAAGGUUUCAAUAACUCACCAUAUGGACCAAAUUUCAAUGGUGGAUUCAAUAACCAACCAUUCUCAUCUCAGAUCAUCUCGACUGCAGGUGGAAUCUAUCCACCAGGUGCAAUCGUUCCACACCAAGGUGCAAUUGUUCCAUUGUUACAAUCACCAACUUCACCAAUUGUUAUGCAACAACCAAUUCCAGUUGCCGCUCCAGCCCCAGCCCCAGCCCCAGCCCCAACUCCAGCUCCGGCACCCCCAGCUCCAACCCAAACCACAUCGGAAACCCUCCAAAUCUUGGUCGAGGAGAAGCAAUUCAAGACUAAGCUCGAAACUCACUUGAAUCAAUUCAGCACCAAGCUCGACGAGGUCAGCGCCAAAUUCGAGACAUUGAAACAACCGAUCGUCCAAGGUGACAUCCCAAUCUCUGGUUUGCUCUUGGUCCAAACACUCUACAAGAUAGUCGAGGACAACGAGAAGCUCACCAAAGACAACGUCGAGAAGGAGAGCAAGCUCACCAACUACAAGGAAACCAUUGCUUCGCUCCACAAGAAGAAUGAGAUGUUCCUUGAGGAGAACACCAGAAUGUUGGAGUCGAGAAACGACGCAUUCUCGGACAAUGUCCAACAAGCCAGAAAGCAAGUCGUUCAGUUGCAACGUGAGAAGUCACAGAUCGAGGAGGAGAAAGCCGAGAAGGAGAUGGAGUUGCACAAGGCCCAGAGUCAAAUCACCACUUUGAAGCGUGAGUACAAGACUCUAAACGACGAGCUCCACUCGACCAAAGAGGAGAUGGCCAAGAACGCCGCCGACCAAGAGGCAGCACGUGCCGCCGACAAAGAGCAAGCCGCCAAGUUGCGUUCGCUCAACAAGAUGCUCCUCAACGAGAGAAGCUUGCGUAAGCAAGAUCAAGACCGUAUCGGAUCGCUCGAGGACGAACUCAAAGACUCACAGGACUCACUCCAACAAGCCGAGAAGGCAACCGAGGAGCAAAUCAAGAAGCUCAAGGUCGAUAUGCUCCGUCAGAAGAAGCGUUUCGAGGAGAAGAUCUCUGCGCUGAAUCUCGAUGUCACCGCCGCCAAGGACACCCUUGAGAAUGAGCGUGCUGCAAUGGGAUCGGUCAACACCUUGAUUGAGAAUGCCCGUCAAGAAGUCGAAGCCAAGUUCUCACUCCAGUUGGUCAAGAAGAGCGAGGAAAUCACCUCGAUGGAGUUGUUGUUGUCGAACGAACGUAAGAUUGUCAGUGACUUGCAAAGAGAUAUCGAUACGCUUAAGGCAAAUGUCAGUUCGAUCAGCGCUCAACUCACUGAGGAGCGUGCCAACGUUGAGAAAUCCUAUGAAAAGGGAUUCCAAGAGGGUAUCAACACAUCGUCUGCCGACGACGCACUCGAUAAGAUUGUCCAAGAGAAGGAGGAACUCUCGUUGAAACUCGAGUCUGUCAGCAAGGAGACAAAGAAGUCGGCCGAUCAAAUCAAGGAUCUCAAGAAGCAACUUCAAGAUGCACAAGAAAAAGCUGCCGCUGCACCUGCCGUCGCCGCCGCUGCCUCCUCGACUUCUAGUAAUGUCGACAUGACCGUCGAAGUCAAGAGUUUAAUGCAAAAGGUAUUCGUUGGAAUUGCCGAAGAGUUUGAAGAGGAAGAGUCAUACACCACCGAAGAUAUCAUGAGUACCUUCAAGGGUGUAAUCAAGAAGACCACAAUGGACUUUAUUCAAUCGAAACAACAAGAAAAGGAAGAUGAAGAAGAGGAAGAGGAAGCCGAAGAGGAAGCUGAAGAGGAAGCUGAAGAAGAAGCUGCUGAGGAAGAGGAAGUCGAAGCUGCUGAUGAAGCUGCCGUCGAAGAGAAGGCUGAAGUCGUCAAGGUUGAAGAGCCAGUUGCCGUCCCAUCCAAGGUUGUUGCUCCAACUGAAGAUGAUGACGACGACGACGACGAAGACUUUGAUGAAGAUGUCAUCAACAAGGAGAUCGAAGCUGAAUUGGCACAAAUGGAAAAGGAAGAGGAAUCGCAAUCCGAAGAUUCCGAAGCCAUCAAACCAGUUGUUCCAGAAGUUGAAGCUGUUGAAGCUGUUGUACCAGAGGUCACUUCUGCUGCUCCAGUUGAAACUCCAGUAGAAGUACCAGUUGAAACUCCAGCACCAACUCCAGUUGCACCAGUUGAAUCAACUGAUGAUGUCCAAGAGGAUGACGAUGAUGAAGAGAUUGAAUUUGAUGAGAAAGAAUUGGCCGAAUUGGAAAAGGAGAUGGAAGAGGAAGAGAGAGCUGAAAAGGAAAAGGAAAAGGAACAAACAACCGAAACCAAAGAGGAUGACGUUGAGGAAGAGGAAACUGAAGAAGUUGUCGUUCCACCAGUUGACGAUGCUCCAGAGCCAGUCGAACCAGUAGAAGCUAAAGUUGAAGAACCAGCAGUCGUACCUGCUGUUCCAUCUACAGAAAAUGUUGUUGAGAAAGAAGAAGAGAAAGAAGAAGAGAAAGAAGAAGAGAAAGAAGAGGAGGAAGAGGAAGUUGAAGAGGAAGAAGAAGUUGUCAGUGCUGUACCACCACCAAUUGAAACACCAGAAGUCUCGACUCCACCACCAAUCGAAGACGAUGAGAAAGAUGUUGUUGUUGAAGAUGAAGAGGAAGAAGAAGAGGAAACUGCUGCCGCUGCACCACCAGCCAUCGAUGACAAUGAACCAAUUCCAGUUCCAACUCCAACCUCUGAACCAUCAGAACCAGAACAACAAGAACCAGAAUCAACCAACACCACCUCCUCUGUAUUAAAGCAAGACGACGACAGCUCCGAUAAUUCAUUCGAGAAGAUCCCAGCUGCCACUCCACCAGAAUUGGAGUCGGACGAAGAGGACAUCGAUGUCAAUGAGAUCGACGAAGAGUCGAUGCCACUCGACACCAAGCAAGUACUUUCACACAGAGUCGAGGCAGUCGAAGCCACCAGUUCACUCCCAGUGGCCACACCAGCCACCAAACUCGAGGAACCAAAACCAGCUCCAAAGAAAUCAUCGUUCUUUGACUUUGAAGACUCCUCACCAUUCGACACCACCCCAUCAUCUACCAACACCGCCACCACCACCACACCAGCCGUCUCCAACGCAUCGCCAUUCGACAACCCAUUUGAAUCAUCUACCACCACCACUGCCGGUGCCACACCAUCAAAGAAAGAUUUCUUCUCUGACGACUCACUCUUCUCGUCGGCCGGACUCGACUCAUCAGACAUUUUCGCCAAGAGUACAUCGACAAGCUCGCCAUCAUCUCAAAAGAAGUCGGGAUUCGACUCUGAUUCAUUGUUUGGUGAUUCAUUUGUAUCAAAAUCAAGUACCCCCGUCAAGUCUCAACCCAAACAAGAUUUCACAUCACUCUUUGGAGCUGACCCAUUGGCAACCCCAUCCGAUGACAAUUCCGAGAAAGAACCAGAAAUUGUAUUGCCACUAUAA